GAGGAAAGCGGAAGCAGAGUACCAAUUAAAACCUAGAGAAAAGAGUGGCCGGAACUAGUUACUUCCCAAGGUCUCCCAGCGUGAUCCAGCGUUCUCUGCCCUUAACCAAGAUGGCUGUCCAGAAGCGCCAGCGCACUGUGGAAUAUGGCGGCGCUUCCGGUCCCGUGGCCCUCAGUGAAGAUGGCGGCAGUGGAGAAGCGGCGGCCACUGGUGGCUCCCGCGGCCAGUUUCACCGACAGCACCCGGCCGUCGGUGUCCAGGGCGGUAGCAUCGACCAAGAGCGAGGAGGACUUCCUGCGGCAGGUCGGCGUGACGGCCAUGCUGCGUGCGGCCUUGCUGAAGGUGCUGGAGGCGCGGCCCGAGGAGCCGAUCUCCUUCUUGGCGCACUACUUCGAGAACAUGGGCCUGCGCUCGCCUGCAAACGGCGGCGCCGGGGAGCCCCCAGGCCAACUCCUACUGCAGCAACAGCGCCUGGGCCGCGCGCUGUGGCACCUUCGCCUGGCUCACCACUCCCAGAGGGCAGCCUUCAACAACAACGUCGGCGUGGCCUACGAGUGCCUGAGGGCCAGCGGGCGCAAGAAGAAGCCGGGGCUGGAUGGGCGCACCUACAGCGAGCUGCUCAAGCGCAUCUGCCGCGACGGGGAGGCGCCUGAGGAGGUGGUGGCGCCUCUGCUGCGCAAGAUCCAGUGCCGGGACCACGAGGCAGUGCCGCUGGGUGUCUUCCGCGCCGGCAUGCUCACUUGUUUCGUGCUGCUGGAGUUCGUGGCGCGGGCGGGCGCCCUCUACCGACUGCUGGAGGACCCGGCCCUGGCUACCGCCGACCGCCGCAUGGGCCAGGCGGUGCUGGACACCCUGGAGGGGGCCCUGCAGGCUAGUGACGGUGCUGUCGCGCCUGCUCGAUACCUGGAGGCCGGCUCGCGCCUCGGGCCUGACAGCCUGGCGCUGGCCAUGGACCGCGCCCUGGUGGCCCGGCGGCCCAGCUCCCCCAUGACCCGGGAGGAAUUCCUGGAGAAGGCUGCCGCCCUCUUCAUCGCCAAGGUCAAGCCCGUGCGCUGAGCUCUGCUCAUGCUUCACCUGCCUCCUCCAUCCAGACAAUGGGGACAAUGCGAGGCCUGGCUCAACAGCUCCUGGUGGGACAUGUGUCUGGGAGCCUCUGUGUGCAGUGGGUGUGGGGAGCCCUCCCCACACCCAGCUUCGGACCAAAAUGAUGCUCCAGCCCCCUUCAGGGGCAGGCUGAGGGCCCCAGAAAGCGGGCACCCCUCCCUAUACACACCCACAAAGCCUCCAUCCCCCCAGGCAGUAAUAAUAAAGUCUGUGCCUGA